CCCAGUGCCAUGUCCCACUGGUACCUUUCUACCUCAGUCUGGGAUGGCAUCCCACAAUGCUUGUCUGCCGUGCCCUGGGGGGAAGUUCUGCCAAGGAGAAGGGUUGACCAGCGUUUCAGGAACCUGUUAUGCUGGGUAUCACUGUGAUAUGAAAUCCACACGGCCAGACCAGAAACGCUGUCCACCUGGAUCCUACUGCCCCAAAGGCACAGAGUCCCCAGUCCCAUGUGGUGCUGGAAGCCUCAACCCACACGGUGGGAAAUGGCACUCAACAGACUGUCAGCCCUGCCCGGCCGGAUAUUUCUGCAGUGGGCUAGGAAAAACUACUGCAGAGGGACUGUGCUCUGCUGGUUACUACUGCCCACCAGGCCAGACCUCAGCCACUCCUCUCUCCUAUCGCUGCCCCCGUGGCUUCUACUGCCCUGCAGGAUCUGCCAUUCCCAUGGCCUGUGAGAGGGGGACCCACCAGACACAGGAAGGGAAAGAAUCAUGUGACAUCUGCCCAGCAGGAUUCUUCUGUGAACCAUCCAGCAAAAGUUCUGGGGGACAGACUCCCAGGCUGUGCCCUACAGGAUACUUCUGUCCACCCGGUACCAGCUUUGGUACAGAACAUCCAUGUCCAAAGGGUACAUUUGGACCCAAGACUGGUGCCACUGGUGAAUCUGACUGUGAGCUCUGCCCAGCAGGCACAUAUUGCUCAUCUACAGCACUGUCCCAGCCAUCGGGGCUUUGCCACUCAGGGUAUUACUGCACCCAGGGAGCCAUCCACCCAGCCCCCUUCAGACACAAGGUGGAAUCUGCUGGCCUACCUCUGCCUGGAAAUGACAUCUGCCCUCCUGGGCAUUUCUGUCCCAGUGGCACAAGCCAUCCUAUUCCCUGCCCUCCUGGAACCUAUUCCACCUCCCUGGGCCUAGGAGCAGAGGAGCAGUGCCAGCCCUGCCCAGCGGGACAGUACUGCAGUCAGGCGGGAUUGUCUGAUCUGUCCCAGACAUCGCCGUGUAGUGCAGGGUAUGUUUGCCUUGAAGGAAACUCUGCUCCCUGCCCUUCCGAUGGGAUUCGUGGUUACAAAUGCCCCAGUGGCUUCUACUGUCCCACUGGCACCAGACUGGAGAUACCCUGUGAGCCAGGCACUUUCAGCCCUAUGCCUGGAGCAAGCACCUGCCUCCCUUGCCCGGCUGGUAUGGCCUGCAGACAUGCUACCACUGUGGAGCCAGUCAGCUGCCCCAAAGGUUACUAUUGUCCAGCUCGGACUGCAAUGCCCCUGCCAUGCCCUGAAGGUACCAUGAACACCCUGGAAGGGGCACUGUCCCCUGCUGCAUGCAAACUGUGUCCAGUGGGGAGGUACUGCAGGGGGGACGCUAACUGGGAACCAGAUGGUCUGUGUUCAGCUGGAUAUUACUGCUCAGGAGGAGCUGCCGAUGCAGUUCCGCACAGGACACCCAGGCUUCCACUCAAUGGGCCCUGUCCACCUGGACACUACUGUCCGGAGGGCACUGAGUUCCCAGUCGCCUGCCCAGUGGGCACCCUGAAUAAUGCCACAGGUGGCUCCUCCCAGGACAGCUGUGUGCCAUGCUAUCCUGGAUUCUUCUGCGCUAGCAUCGGUCUGAGCUCACCUACAGGACCCUGUGCUGUGGGUUUCUACUGCCCAGCGAACUUCAGCUCCUUCAGCCCCACUGCAUUCCUCUGCCCCAAGGGUCACUUCUGUUCCUCUGGGUCUGCCCAUCCAGUCCCCUGCCCCACUGGGGAAUACCAGCCAAACAGGGGUUCUGAGUCCUGCAUUCCUUGCCAACCAGGCUUCUACUGCCAAGAGGCAGUUGCAGGAGACCCCCAGCCCUGCCCUCCACACACCUACUGUCCUGAAGGUACACUGGUUCCUUCUCCAUGUCCCGAUGGCACUUUCACCCCUUCAAACAUGACUGGCCUCAGGGAGGAGACAGAAUGCCUGGCCUGUUCACCCGGUCACUAUUGCAGGGGCGGGCGGCUGGAGGGGAAGUGUGCUGCUGGGUACUUCUGCCAGGCCGGGAGUUCUGAGUCUACUCCCCAGGGCCAUGACUUUCCCUGGAGCUCCCUGACAGAAUGCCGCUCGGGGCAGGUGCGUGCGGGUCUCUGCCCAGCAGGUUUCUACUGCCAGGAAGGCUCCGAGGUGCCCACGCCAUGCCCCCCCAACACCAUUGGAGCUAUCCCUGGGGCAAGGCGGAGAGAAGACUGCCUACCUUGUCCACCAGGCCACUGGUGUAAAGCAGGGGAUCCAGUGACCUAUCCGUGCCCCCCUGGACACUACUGUGGCAGCGUGAAUCUCACCGAGCCCAUCACUCUCUUGGCACCUCAGCAAUGCCCUGAGCACACGUACCGCACAGCCCCAGGGGCACAGAGCCUGGCGGAUUGCCAGCCUUGCCCCCCAGGUUAUCUCUGCCAAACACCAGGCCUUACCAAUUUUGAAGACUACCCCUGCCCCCCUGGAUACUGGUGCCCAGGUAAAGGGGACAGGCUUUUAUGCCCACCUGGUACCUUCAGGACCCAGCCUGGUGCAGCGUCUUUGGAAGCGUGUGACCCCUGCUCUCCUGGCUAUUAUUGCCCGGACCCAGCAGAGACGGGGCUGCCCAAUGUCCAAGGAGCUCAUUGCCCACCCAGCUACGAGUGCCCACCAGGUUCAGUGACUCCAACCAUAUGCAGGGGUGGCUCCUAUUGCGGGCUCCGCACAGGGGUCCCUUCCAUGUGUCCAGGUGGAUAUUAUUGUCCAGAAGGGUCAUCCAAGUACAACACCCCUGAGCAGCGGUGUGUGUUCCCCUAUUACUGCCCUCCAGGCAGUGCCCAUCCACUGCUGUGCAAAGGAGGAUAUGCAGCCCUGAAUGUGACCGGCCCAAGAGACUCCUUUGAGAAAUGCUGCAGGAUUUGUGAUCCAGGCACCUACCGUAGUGACUCCCUCAUCAGCCCAUCCUGCCAGCCCUGCCCAUCAGGCUUCAGUUGCCCCCAAGGCAGUGCAAGUUAUCUCCAGCAGCCCUGCCCCAGGGGGUAUUACUGCCCUCCCCUGGCACCUGCACCUGUGCCCUGCCCCCCAGGGACCCACGGCAACAGCAGCCUGGCAAAGCAGCCCGAGGAAUGCCAUGCCUGCCCUGCUGGCUCCUUCAACCACCUCUAUGCUCAGACAGGGUGUUUCCCCUGUGGGAGCUCUUCCUCCUCCCAGCCAGGGGCUAGCAGCUGUAGCUGCCAUGGGCUGAACCGGGCUUUUCAGGAGUCAGAUGGCUCUUGUAUCUGCCAAGCAGGGUACGUUUACUAUGACGAGAGAGGCAAGAAAAAUUCUGACACCAACAGUGACCAAGACUGCCAGCCUCAGGCAGAGGAGCGCUGUGCUCCCGGGGAAGUCCGUCUGGCAUCCACACGCAAAUGCAUUUCCCCCGAACUAUAUGACUGUUCUCCCUUCUGUGGUGCUCUGGGCGGAGAACUCAGUGCAGAGUUGGGCAUGUGUCGCUGUGAGCAGUACGUCUCUGCUGAAGAGCUGUGUGACCGAGAGUGCUUGCUGAACACCCCACAGAUCUCUCUGAGCCUUGGCAUCCAUUCAGAGCUCCUCCUGAGUGUUGGGGAAGGAGAGGACAGAGAGGUGAUAAACAUUCUGGGCCCAGAUGAACACGUGCAGAAGAGCCAACAGGUGCAUUUGGUUCUGUUUGGCUCCGCUGGGGUAUUUGGUUUCAUUAUUUCCAGCACAGACAUGCUGGAUACAUUCCUCACAGGAGAUUUUUGGUUGGAUCUGCCAUUGCAGAGAGUUCGGCGUGGCAAGCAGACUGCCUCCUCCAAGGAUACCCAUCCCUUACCCUGCAUCCCCAACCCUAUUGUGUGUUUGAAUGUGGGAGAUGCCAUCCUUUUCCAGCUCACCAUCCAUCCCCACAAUCGCACUUCCAGCCACUACCCCGUCUAUCAGAAACAACAUCUGUACAACAGCAAUCCUGGCUGGGAUUUUGGUCCUUUCCGGAGACUGGACCACCUUAUUCGGGAGACUCACCUCAACAUCUCCAGGUUUGCCCAUGUUUUCCUAGAUCCUGGGAGAUACGUUUUCAGGGAUAGCACUGUCCAGGAGCAUAUCUUGAUCGUGGUUGUAAACGAGGAGAACAUGGGCUGUGACCCUGUCAACGCUUCCUUCCAGCCCUCCUCUCCAUACCAGCUGGCCAGACACGGGGUUCUGAAACAUCGGGCACUAAAUUUAGCUCCUGACUGGGCAACUAUCUCAGCCUUCAGUUCUAUGAAGCCCUUGGUCCCCGGGGUUCUGGAAGAGGAGCUGAUGGUGGAGAGAAAGGAGUUAUCCAUGGUCCAGGCGAGCAGCCCGCACUGAGGGACCUGGAAGAUUUCAGCGUCCGCACCCUAUAUGAUAAACUGGAGGACCAAAACCUUCACCUGGCUUCUCAGAUGGCAAAACACAGGGUGGAUGUGUUGGCCUUUUACAGGGGGAUCAACCA